AUGGUGUGGACCCCCUUAAAAACAGCUGGCGACAUUUAUUAUUCAGGAUUCGACUUCUCCAAAGCUCUGGAGUUUCAAUCGUUCAUCAACGACGCAGUCGCCUUUGUCAACAAUUCCGCUCUUUUCGGGUUCACCAACAAUUCCGCAACAUUCCAAGCUGCUGUGGACGACUCCACAAGCAGUCUUGUGCCGACCCAGUACCUGGAGGUCGUGCAAGAGUACGAGGCGGUGUAUAACCUCACAGCACAAAUUAUGGACCAAACGGCGCAAUUGGAAUUGUUGCUCAGCGUUAUCUCUCCGGGAACGGUGAGCAUACAGGCUGUAAUUCAACACCCAUUCUGGUAUGCUGUUCACCCCCCCCUCUGUACUAAGAAAUUAACCGAGAUACAUAUGGAUUUCAGCCAUGUGGUUAUGAUGCGCGAAGGCGUAAAGUUCGCGCGCAACGUCGGCGUUGCCUUCGGAACGACCCUAGGCACAGAAAUCACUCCCGGCCCAGACGUCCAGAGUAAUGAGCAAAUAGAAGCAUGGUUGCGGGGAUCGGGCGCUUCCACUCAGUACCAUAUAGCUAGAAGCUGCUCGAUGCUCCCCAAGGAGUUGGGCGGUGUCGUUACGUGGAACGGCCAAUGUACGAAUCGCCGACUCGUCGAUCUACCCAUUUGA